GUCCAUUUACCUGCCAGGUGCCACAGCUUGGUCUACUUUCAGUUUGCAUUAUUUUUCGCGAAAUUUUUGGAAAAUGCCUACCCUUUCCGUCGAACAGAGAGCAGCUAUUGCAAUUGGGGUUCCAGUAGUGGCAUUAUUGCUGUAUCUUUGGUACAGGAGACGGCAGAAUUCCCAAUUUAGAGAAGAAGACAAGGAUUAUGUUCACGUUGAAGAAAGCGAUGUUGUCGCGUCCGCUAACCAAAGAACUCUCGAGGUCAAAAUCCCUCGAGCAGUGGUUGGCGUUAUAAUAGGAAAGUCUGGAGCUAAUAUUAAAAAGAUACAAAAGGAUACUGGGGUUCGCAUGAAUUUGAUAGAUGAAGAUGAAGAAGGCCAAAGUUCUGAGAGAACGCUACUUAUUCAAGGGGAACGUGAAAAAGUCAAAAGAGCAGAAAUUGUAAUAAAGAAAGUUAUUGCAGAGCAACCAGUGAUAAGAACAGAAGACGUUUUCGUGCCCCAGCGUGCUUGCGGAAGAAUUAUUGGUAAAGGAGGGCAGACAAUACGUCAUAUGUCAGCUGUUUCAGGUGCUAAAAUAAGGAUUGAUCCUACUAGUGAUGACAUUUCCAACCCUUUACGUAAAUGCACCAUCACUGGAACUUCUGAUCAAAUUGCUAGUGCCAAGGGUCUACUCAAUGAGAAGAUGGCAGAAGAUAAUGAAAUACGGGCUUGCAGGAGAGAUGCUGAAGUGCCAAGAAACAGACAUGCACCAAGAAAACUUGAAAGUGCAGUUGCUUCACCAACAACAGGGGUGGUACAAUUUCCGGCAAAAAAUGACUUCUUCGAAGUAUUUGUAUCAGCUGUUGAAAAUCCAGGACAUUUUUGGGUACAGCUUCUUACCAAAGACUCACCUGAUCUGGAUCAGCUCACAAAGAACUUGACUCUACUAUACUCCUCCUCUGAAUCACAAGCCAUUCUAAAUUCUUUUAGAGUUGGAGAAAUUUGCUGUGCACCCUUUGAAUAUGAUUCUUCUUGGUACAGGGCACGUAUUACAGAAAUCGGCAAGGAAGGUCUAGUGGAUUUAUACUAUGUGGAUUAUGGAGACUCAGGAAAGAUCUCCAUAGACAAAUUAAGAGAACUAAAACCAGAACACAAGCAACUACCAUUCCAAGCGAUUGAAUGCUUUUUGGCAGGUGUAACACCUAAAGAUGGCGAGUGGAGUCAAGAAUCCACUGAUGACUUUGACCAUCUAAGCCACUGCGCACAGUGGGUGUCUCUAAUGGCAAGAGUGGUCAAAUACAGUGGAGACAUACCUUGUCUUGAAUUGAUUGACACUGCAGGACCAACUGAUGUGAACAUCAACGAGGAAAUGAUUAAGAAGCAGUUUGCGGUUCACGAGGUUGAUGUCUCGUCUGCAGCCGAUGAACAUGAAACGGGAUCUCCAUCAGAUGAAAAGACCGGUAAAAGUGAAUUACAGGAGACGGCAGAAGAAAUCGCACCAGCGGCUCAUAAUGGAGUCCUUGGUGGAGCACCUCAGGGAGUUAUGCAAAGCAAUAUUGAACGAAAAGAAAGUGUUCCACCUGCCGAAACUAAUGGAGAUAUCAACGAAGAAGCACUCCAAGAUCUCACUGAAACCAUACCGUUACACAGCAGCACUGGUUUGCAGUCUAAACCUUCUGGCAGCGACUUGCGGGAUGGACCUUACCCUGCGGACGUCACUGACAGUGGUGUGGAGAUGCAUGGACCGGUGACUGCUGAAAGGGAUUCGCCAGUGAAAGCUGCCGUAGUCAAGACCAUUUCUCAAGAUUACAUCCCGCCACCCGCUAAUUCGGUGCCUGGCAUGCCCAAUGAAAGGCAAGCAGCUCUGGGUGUUGUACAGGAUCAAGACAUCAGAGCUGUUUUGACUGAUGGCGUGCAGUCACAGCCUGAGGUUUCUGAGACUACCGGUCACAUCGAGUCUGUCACCAGCCCAGAAAAGGCAGGGGGAUACCGCAGCAGUUUGAAUAUCACACCUUCAUCGAGAAGGACACUGGCAGCGACAUUCAGUGGCAGCCGUCAUGUGUCCGAAAAAACUGAGACAUCCGUGAAGACUGUAACGAGUACUGUUCACCGACAGAUUAUGUCUUCUAAACAGUCCUAUGUAAGUACCGUGACACUGCCUGAACGUGAUACUGAUGACGUCAUUGUGUCCGUGACACCAAGUGUCACGCAACUUCAAAGUCAAUCACCGUCAGCCGCCUGGGAAAGUCGUGUGUUUAAAGCUUCUAAUGAAAGUACAGCAGUGACUCGUCACGUAGUCGCGUCUGAAGUACACCGAACUGUCACGCAAAGCAACGGUCGCGAAAGCGCGACCGAGGUUUCCGCCUCGCGCCUUGAACAGAAAUCGACUGCGCAUUCUUCAUCGUCACAAGCAAAGCCGAAAGUAACUUAUGAAAUCAAUUUUGAAUCAUUCAAAGGGGUGCCUGGAAAUAAACAAUAUUCAAUCAAGAAGUCGUUCAGUUCUGCUGAAAAUGAGCCUCGUGAAGCUAUUGGUGAUAUGUCUCCUUCGGGUUCGCUCAUGGAAAUCUCCAAAAACUCCGUCAUAGAUGAAGAAGACGAGUUUGGUGAAAAAGCCGACCAAGACGGCAGUCCCGAGCCAGACAGUGAUACAGAGUCCUUUAUGAGUGCAAGGGAGGAGAUCACCUCCGAUACUGAUACUGCAGCGUACAUGACAGCAGCUCCUGGAGGUAGCUCUACGUCGCUGGAUACAGACUCUGUUCUUUUCGACAGCGCCGCAGAUGAAACGAUCACUCCUGUAAACUCUGACACCGAAGUGGAGGAAGAAGGUUCAGGGGGCCGAGGACUUGCUACACCAGAGCCAGUUACGUACACAGGAGAACAUCAAGGUCGGUCAAAUACUCUGAAGGGUUUGAAGGAACAGAUGGCAGAUCUUGGCAGCGGUGUAACUUCAGAGGCUGAACUUGGAUACAGGGGUGAUACAGAGGAAGGUGUCGAGUCAGCUGAAGACUGAUGAAAGACGGUCGCUUGACUUUAUUGAUUUCUUCCUGUGAAUGCUAGAUAAUGCACGAGGGGAUGGAAGAAAAGGGUAUCCAGCCGAGUGGUUGUGCCUAGGGUUUGGUUUACUGCGUUACGGUACUACAGCUUUGAUUUUUGUGUAUAAGAGCUGACUUCAAUUGCUGAACUGUCAUUGACAAACUAAAUGUCAAACACUGUUGAUGCACUUAAUUAUUAUGAUAGUGUUAGAAAUAGCAUGCAGAGCGAAUUUUAUGCGUACGCAUAUUAUUGUAAAUUUGAUAAAGUUCAAGACAGCUUUUUGUUUGGAGUUUGACUUCGCUGUACAAUUUUUGGUCGAAAUAAAACCAACGAGAAUUAUUAUA